GUUCAGGGUGGGGCCGGUUGGUGAGUCAGCUGCUCUGCGAUCCAGCCCAGGAGGGGACUAAACUGGAGGAGCUAGGUGUGGAGUGCGCUGGGCUAGUGGGGAGGCCGUGUCUGGAGUGAGUGAGUCUGACUGGGCUUGUGUUGCGCUGAAGGGACAGCCCUAGGUCUGAGGGAGAGAAUCCCUGACUGUGAGACCCGCCUUCCCUGGCCCCAGCCCCUCCCAGUUCCCCCAGUGACGGCGGCUUCCUGGUCCCUGAGACAACCAUGGCUGAAGAACAACCACAGGUCGAAUUGUUCGUGAAGGCUGGCAGUGAUGGGGCCAAGAUUGGGAACUGCCCCUUCUCCCAGAGACUGUUCAUGGUGCUCUGGCUCAAGGGAGUCACCUUCAACGUCACCACCGUUGAUACCAAGAGGCGGACAGAGACAGUGCAAAAGCUGUGCCCAGGAGGGCAGCUCCCAUUCCUGUUGUAUGGCACCGAAGUGCACACAGACACCAACAAGAUUGAGGAAUUUCUGGAGGCAGUGCUGUGCCCUCCCAGGUACCCCAAGCUGGCAGCUCUGAACCCUGAGUCCAACACGGCUGGGCUGGACGUAUUUGCCAAAUUUUCUGCCUACAUCAAGAAUUCAAACCCAGCACUCAAUGACAAUCUGGAGAAGGGGCUCCUGAAAGCACUGAAGGUUUUAGACAAUUACUUGACAUCUCCUCUCCCAGAAGAAGUGGAUGAGACCAGUGCUGAAGAUGAAGGCAUUUCUCAGAGGAAGUUUCUGGAUGGCAAUGAGCUCACUCUGGCUGACUGCAACCUAUUGCCAAAACUCCACAUAGUACAGGUGGUGUGUAAGAAGUACCGGGGAUUUACCAUCCCAGAGGCCUUUCGGGGAGUGCACCGGUACUUGAGCAAUGCCUAUGCUCGGGAAGAAUUUGCCUCCACCUGUCCAGAUGAUGAGGAGAUAGAACUGGCCUAUGAGCAAGUGGCCAAGGCCCUCAAAUAAGCAUCUCCUGGGGAUCCCUCACCUCCCUCCAUCUUCUCCACAAAGGCCCUUGGUGGUUUCCACAUUGCUACCUAAAGGACACACUCCAAAAUGGCCAGUUGGCAGGGAAUCCUGGAGCACUUGUGCAGAGGGGGGCUGGGAGGUGGGGGGAUGAGGGAAAAGGAUAGGGGACCUGGGUGAGAUUUUUAUUGUGGGGUGGGGUGGGUAGGACAAUGUAUUUCAGUAAUAAAAUACAGAAUGAAAAUCAAGUGUUGUAUUUA